AUGAUUAAGAAAAUAAUUCUUGGGGGAGUGUGGUACCAAUCCCAGCCCUUGCCUUUACCAGCUUGGAAUUUGGUCGAAAGGAUUGUAGACAAAAGAAAGAACAAGAAAGGAAAAUGGGAGUAUCUCAUCCGAUGGAAAGGCUACGGGAGCACAGAGGACACGUGGGAGCCUGAGCACCAUCUGCUGCACUGUGAGGAGUUUAUCGAUGAAUUCAAUGGGCUGCACGUGUCCAAGGACAAGAGGAUCAAGUCAGGGAAGCAGGCCAGCGCCUCUAAGCUCCUGCGCGACAGCCGAGGCCCAUCAGUGGAGAAACUCUCCAGUAGACCCUCAGAAUCUGGGAAGAGCAAGGGGACUUCUCAUAAACGGAAGCGAAUCAACCCUUCCCUGUCCAAGCCGAAGAAAGGGUAUCCAGCCAAGCCCGCUGCGGCAGGUGACAGGGCCGCCAAGACGGUGUCUUACAGGACUACCCCCAGUGGUUUGCAAAUAAUGCCCCUGAAAAAGGCUCAGAAUGGAGUGGAGAACGGGGACACUGGAUCCGAGAAGGACGAGAGGCACUUUGGAAAUGGGUCCCACCAGCCCGGCUUGGAUUUGAAUGACAUUGGAGAGCAAGACCUGGGCGAGUGUGACAUCAACCAUGCGGCACUGGCAGAGAAUGGGCUCGGCUCUGCUCUGACCAACGGGGGAUUAAACAUGCACAGCUCGGUGAAGAGGAAGCUGGACACGGAGAAGGACUACGUCUUUGACAAGAGGCUCAGGUACAGCGUCCGCCAGAACGAAAGCAACUGUCGGUUUCGGGACAUUGUCGUGCGGAAGGAAGAGGGGUUCACACACAUCCUGCUGUCCAGCCAGACCUCAGACAACAACGCGCUGACCCCUGAGAUCAUGAAGGAGGUCCGGCGAGCUCUGUGCAACGCGGCCACAGAUGACAGCAAACUGCUACUCCUCAGUGCGGUGGGCAGCGUGUUCUGCAGCGGCCUGGAUUACUCCUACCUAAUUGGCCGGUUGUCCAGCGACCGGAGAAAGGAGAGCACCCGCAUUGCAGAAUCCAUCAGGGACUUUGUGAAGGCCUUUAUCCAGUUUAAGAAGCCCAUCGUGGUGGCAAUCAACGGGCCUGCCCUGGGCCUGGGUGCCUCCAUCCUGCCCCUCUGCGACAUCGUGUGGGCCAGCGAGAAGGCCUGGUUUCAGACCCCCUAUGCCACCAUCCGCCUCACGCCCGCCGGCUGCUCCUCGUACACCUUCCCCCAGAUCCUGGGUGUCGCGCUGGCCAAUGAGAUGCUCUUCUGUGGGCGGAAGCUCACUGCCCAGGAGGCUUGCAGCAGAGGACUGGUGUCCCAGGUCUUCUGGCCAACCACGUUCAGCCAGGAGGUCAUGCUACGGGUCAAGGAGAUGGCGUCCUGCAGUGCACUGGUGCUGGAGGAGUCGAAAUGCCUUGUCCGCAGUUUCCUGAAAUCGGUGCUUGAAGAUGUGAAUGAGAAAGAAUGCCUCAUGCUGAAGCAGCUCUGGAGUUCCUCCAAAGGCCUGGAUUCCCUGUUCAGCUACCUGCAGGACAAGAUUUACGAAGUCUGAAGGGCCCCGGCUCACUUGCCGCAGUGAUCAAGGGCACUUGACUUCCAGCUUUGCCCUGUGUUUCAGAAAUCGGAGCCCAGUGUAAGCCCGGCCAAGGAGUUUGUCAAGGUGUCUCUAUACCUAGGGUUGUGUUCAUUUCUUUGUUUGCGGUUGUUCUUCAUUGGUUUGACUUUGUGUAACAGAUGGGAAAUGCAGUAUACUUGGCCUCCCCAGUGUCCCUACCCCGCUGGCUAGAGAGCUAUGAGGGCUAUAUCUUCCCAGGCCUCGGCCAGGUACUGUUCUGCCCCCACUUGUUGAAAUGCACCAUCCAAGUCCAGGAAGGGGAAGACCAGUUUCCCCAUUUUUCUGACUCAGACUGUGUCUGCACAGUGCCUCUUCUGGAGACUGGGCCAGCACGCUCGUUCUGGUUAAGUGCAGAUCCGGGGAAGGGAGAGAGUCCAUCUUAGGGAAUUUCCAGACUGAAGAGCAAAACAAUUGUGUAGAGCCAUCCUCAGUCUCCUCUCUGAUGCAGAUCUGUAUAACUUUUAGGGCUUGGUCUUAAAACCCACCCGAGUGAUUUACAAAACCAGAUAUUGUAUAUUUAGGAAUGUUUUGUUAAAUAUAUAUUUUUAAAACAAUGUAAGUGGAAAUUCUGAUAAUUUAUGUGUAUUAUAUGUAAAGCUAGUUUUGCAAAAACAUAAACUCCUAGGAAAAUGUUUUUUUUUCUUUAAAAUCAGACUUAUUUAAUUUAUUUAUUUUUGUUUAUAUAUUAUGAUAUCUGUCUUCACACAGAUACUAUUUUCAUACUGCCCUGGACCAAAUCCCAUACGAAGUUUAUGCCGUUUGGUGCACUGCAGCAAGCAACCAUGUAGAAAUAAAAUUCAGAGAGAGAAAAAUGGAAGGAUGUCUGUGGCUGAAAGGAAUCACUCCGUGCCAGGUCUUUGGCUUAUAGAAUGGUUCUUGGUGUAAUGAUGGAAUCCUUGUUCUUAAGAGAAACCAGAGAUGAGCUUUAUCUUCACUCUGCAACCCCUGAGUGUCCUCAGAGGCUCUUUGCUCGCUGGUCUUCUCUCUUCCUAUGUUAGUCCCAGUCUCUCAUGACCCUUCCUUGGAGAGUUGAGUGAAGCAGCUAGAGUUGGGCAUAGCUGGGGGAAGGGAGGUGGGCUCAGCAAAGAAGGGUCAUUGCUACGGUUGGUUAUGUAUCUCCGUAUGUUCCUUUUUCUUUCUGGAAGGUGACCAGAUGCAAUGGGCCAGACAGAUAGAGAGGCUUAUGGCUCUGAGCUUUGUGUUUCAGAGACACGUUGAGUGUCUAGUCUAUGACUAGAGACAUGGUCCUUUAGACAGUGAAUCUGAAGUUUAUCUAGACUCUUGAUCCUUAAGAUGGCCUUGGCUCCCUCUGUAGAAAGUCUCUCUACUUUUGAGUUUCUCCGUGACUUCAUGAUGUUUCUUAUCUUCUACCUUCCUCCAUCUAGGCAGUCUGGGCCAUGGGGAGCUGGGAGCGGGUAGUCACCUUGGCUGAGUCUAGCCAGAGGAAGAUCAAAUUGAAGAUCUGUGUGCCCUUCCCUUUGUCCACAUGGGAUCCUGUAGGAACUGCAGACCUAGAAUAUGGGGAAUUAUUAUAGGGAAACACCUGCUUUUGCCUAAAUGCCUAUUAUCACCUUUCCACUUGGUUUUCUCUCUUCUUUUGAGAAAGCAAAUGUAUGCUUCUCCGAAGCCCCUAGACAAACUUCAUUCUUGUGUGUGGUGGCAGAUCAUCUGUGUAGCAUUGCUAAAUCCUCUAAAGAAAGAGACCCUUGCUUUCUGUUUACCUUCUAGGGGCAGAUGUGUUUACCAUAGAAGCAGUGUCAGUAUUCUUGUUGGAGAUGGAAGAGAAUGUUUGGAAAUUUCUUUCGAUCAAUGUCCAUCUUUGUUCCUUGCUGAAAACACCAGAAAUAUUUUAGCUUCGGACAUAUCACAAAUCCAAACUUAUAAACAUUUCAAGGAUCUCUGGUGAUAAGGUAGGAAUGUGAAACCAUUACUAAGGUGGAAUUCCCUUUAAUUUCUAGGUUCUGGUUAUAACAGGAAGUGUUUCAAACGAUGAUCUGUGUUUGGGUUGUUUUCAUAUUGUCAAUUCAAGAAGGAUGUUCCACGAAGUGGGCAAAAGUUGGUUAAAUCUGUUUAGACUGAAGCUCUGGAUUUUUUCACUUUCUGGGUAGUUAUUUUGAUCAAGUGUAGAUGAAAUCCAGGUAACAUUGGAUUGGGAUGGAAAGUACGAGAUCUGUGGAUGUGUCUUGAAAUAGGGCUCAGAUUCCACUCAUUAUCUUCUAUCCCAGAACCCUCUCUUUACCCUAGGAUCCUUUUCUUCACUCUCUACCCUGCUUUGCCUGCAUCCCCACUGUGUCUGCAAUUCCUGGGCAAGUCUUUGAGGAAUUGUGCCUUGUUUUGGCAGCCACAUUCCAGAAUUACCCGUGGGGUUGGAAAAACAGCUGUGGGUGGGAAGUUAAGGGUACCUCUUCAGUCAAGGAACCUUCUAGGCAACCCACUGCUUGCCAUCUUGUUAGCCGUGCAUUAGAACUCUUCUCCCUCUCUGCUCUGAUCCCUGGAGAUUGGUAUCAGCAUCUUGUAGUGGAAACACUUGAGUUAACGGCCGAAUUCCAAGAGGCUGUUUGUAGAAGGAGGUCAGAGCUCCUCACCAUUUGGAAGCCACCGACUAAGGCUGAUGUAGCCACGUGUCUCUUCUGGCUUUGGAAUAAUAUCCGUGGGCAAAAAAACAUCAAAAAUUACCCUUUAAGGAUGAAAUUGGAUAACUCUGAGAAGGUAGUAGAGGAAUGAUUUAAAAUGUUAUUCUUGUCCAAUUUAGAUUAAAUUAGGAAAUGUUCUCUCUGAAUCAUGGAAAUAUGUUUUUUCCAUUUAAAGUUUAGUAUAAGGAUGGAAAAGAAAUAAUCACAAUAGACUUUGAUCAAUGCAACUGUAUCUCUGAAUAUCCACAUUUAAAAAUAGCCUUCACUGAAUGCUGAAUUGCAUUUCCCAUUAUUAACUGUUGGCUUAAAAAUUUGUAAACUUUUUAAAAUUUGAAAUUUAGUUACAUUCAUGCAGUUUUACAAUCUCGUUUCUGUGGAAGUUUUUUUAAACAAAGAGAAACACAUACAAACAUCUUCAAAUAUUCCGAAGUGAAUAUUUAAAAUGCAAACUUGCUUCUCCUUUGUGUUUCUAUAUUCAGAUACUUAGGUCUGUUGUAUAUAUUAGUUUAGACACUCUCACUAAUAUACACAGUAUUUAAGACUCUAAAUGAGAUUUCUUAAGUAUUUUAUUUUGUUCUCUGUAAAUGGUUUUGUAUAAUCUUUAAAAAUCUACACUUUGCCUUUGUAGAUAUUUAAGGGAAACCAUUUGGGGGUUGUCUUGCAUGUAUAUUUUUGUUGUAGAUAAGUGUCGCUUAGUUAUUUCUGCAAAUUUUGGUUGAAAUGCUUACAGACUUUAAUACAGUAUAUAUUUUCAGAAUAUAAACUUUUAUAUUUCUGUGGUAAGUUAGAAUAUGCGUUUUAGGCAAUCUUUUUCAUUAAUAUCACUUGUUCUUUCAAAAAAUAGCAUACUGGUUUGGUGCCAAUGUUUUUUGUGUUUUUUUUUUCCCAUUAGACUCUAAUGCUCUUAUAUUGUUAGAGAGCAGGUUAAUUUUUUUUUUCUUGAAAUGUAAUUUGAAAAUGUAUUGCGUUUGUGAAUAAGCCUUACCAUUAGGAUCAGUAAAUUUUCCAACCUUUACAACUACAUAUGUAGUUUAAGAUCUCCCCAUAAAUUCUCACUGUGUGGCAGUUGAUGGAGUUUGUAAACAGAGCCUUAAGCUUGUUGCAAAAAAAAAAAAAAAGGGUAAUACGGGUUGUUUCUUCCAAGCAAUGUAAGCCAUGUUGAUGGACUCCAUGCAGUCUGUAAGUUAUGGCUUAUCUGAAGAGUUUGGUUGCGUUGAUGGCUGCAGGGGCCAGAUGGGCACCUUGAUGAUUGUCUUUGGCCAUACACAUGAGCCAAGGACAGGUUUUCUGGAGCCACCUUUGUACUAUUCGCAUGAUUUAGACACGGUCACAGGGAGGGCUGCUGGUCCAUCAUUUGUUCUGAACAAAUGGCAUUUCCUGCUCCUGACCUUGGUGGUUGACCCCAGGUUCCGUGUGGGUGACUUGGAAACGUCCAACCUGGCUGAGAUCAGCAUUCCUUGAGAGAUGUUAAUAAAGUUUACAUGUGAGUCUUGUGUAGACAAUCUGAAGUUCAUUUCAGUUAUACAAUCAGCAUUCCCAUGUGUUCUGAGCGUCUUAUCAAUGAACUGUCUGUGUUAAGCCAUAUGAAACCCAUGUUUAGCAGGGCAAAGGCAAACUAGAUGCAGAUCGUACACAUUGGUUGAGUCCAUCCAACCCAGGGUGUUUUCAUGGAACGCAAGUCGUGGAUCUCAUAGGUGGUGUGUCCACUGUGCUUGGGACCCAGUAAAACCAACUGAAAAUUGGACUUAAAUUCUCCUAAAAUUAUGAUUCCUUUCAGUUGGUCACAGUAUCAGCUGAUUCUCCUUACCUAGGCUUUAAAGAUGAUUUUGAGACCAAGGCUACAGCAUGGCUAAAAUCAAGUUACUAUUUGGUUCAUCUUGAAUAGUGUUCAUAAAGUCAACUUAUCUACCCUGGGAUGGAGAUAUGCCUCAAAUGUUUGCAGUAUGAAAAAUUGACAUCUAGUUUUAAGCUUCAGCUCUGGCAUCUGUUGGCUUGACCAUGCCUCAUUAGCCCCCACACCUGACCUGAUGCUGGAGUUUAGGGGAUUCUGGGAAGUUUGGAGGGUGUAGAGUUUUCCAUCUAGUAUUUAAUUUGUCCCUGCGUCAUUAGUCCCAGCUUGAAGUCAUUUGCUGAUGCCCAUGUUGACAGGAUUGUGAAAAUAUUGCCUUUCAUAAAACCAAGGACCAAAGAAUUUCAUUAUUUCAACAAAGCAUGAGUUUCAUAGAUCGUAGGCACAUCUAGGCAGAGGUGUGCAUGCUUCAUGGCACAAAGAAACUGCUCGCUUCCACCAACCGCAUGCUCCCCCGGGGUUGGCCAUAAAGAGGGUGUGUUGUCACCUGGAGAAGGCUCUGAAAGGUGAGUUUCUCAGAUGAAAACUCGCUAUCUCAGGGGGGUGUUUUUGCUGUGCAGUCCCAGCCUUUACCCAUUACGAUACACAGUGGAGGUCUGGCAUGCUUCCAGGUUCUCUGGCCAGUGUGGACGACUCCAUCUGAAUAACAACCCCGACGGCGAGUCUUUCAGAUGUGACUACACUGAACAGCCAUCCGGCAGUUGCCAAAUCUCCACUUCCUGGUGUUCUACAUUGACCCAUUCCAGUUCCUGAUGAUGUGAGAAGAAUUUUCUUUCUAUUCUCACACCAGGGGAUGCUCUCCAUUCUCAUUCAUGAUGAAAUCAUCGAUCCUUUAACUGGUUGAGAAAUGCUUGAUGCUGAAGAAGUGGUAUUCUAGUGGUAAGGCUUAUUACCAAACUUCUGAUUAUGAAGCAGGCUACCAAAAACUUAUCCAGCCCACCCUAGGAGUGUUUGGGUUUGAUCCUGGAUGUAGCACACACACCAAAAUCCAAGGAGACCUUUGCAAAUUAGGCUACUCGUUUUCUUUUGUCAUGGGAGAGUCUUGAACUAGUUCUGAAUAUUGUAAGUAUGAGUACUUCAUAGAAUUAUCAAGCAGGUACAGCUGACCCUGUCUCACCAUGUUGUAAAUAUUUCCUGAGACUGGGUGCAGUACUGGAGGGUAAUAAUCUGAUUUAUCAAAUGCUGACUGUCUAGAGCAAAUUGUACACUCUCUUUGUGAAUGGUCCUGUAACGUGUAUGAACACAUUUCUGGGUGCCUUAGAAGUUGUAUUUUCAUGUGUGCUAAUAUGCAGUAUUUAUACAUUGUGAAAAGCUGCUUUGAAUAAAAAGGUUGAAACUUU